AUGAAGGUCUCCGCGAGUGCCUUCGUCGUGCUCGCCAGUAGCUCAACGGCACUUGGCUCUUGGAUUGACUGGGUCCCGUUCGGAAAGGAUGUAACUGUUACCUCCACGGCUACCAGAACAGUGCAGAUCUGCCCCUGCAAUGGUGAAGUACGUGUUACCCAGCCUCACGCAGCAGGUGACCCGACUGGAACAAUCAAGCAUUACUAUGCCACCGGACUCAUCGACCCUGGCUGGACGAAACCAAGAGAGACCAUCACCAAGGCUGGUCCAAUCGUCGUUGUCUUCACCACCGCUGGUUCUAUGACAACCAAGACGGGUGUAAAGAUCGAGCUGAUCCCAACCAAGGGCCCCGUCAUUACCAAGACAAUCUGGACUGGUGCUCAGCCUACUGAUCAUCUUGCAUGGGUUGACUGGGUCGACGAUGAUGAUAACAAUGGUGGUACAUUGACUCGAUCUCACACCAAGACUGAGACUGUCUAUGGUCCAGCUCCAACUGAUCCCCAGCAUGAGCCCUGGGCUGACUGGCUAGCCACGACCAACACCAAAAAAUCCACCACCAAGGCCACUAGCAAGACAACCACCAAGUCUACCACCAAGUCUGCCACCAAGUCGACUAGCAAGGCCAGCAGCGGCGUUGGGCCUACCUACCCCUGGGGUAGCUCUUCAACCACCUCUACCACCACCACCUCCUCCACCUCCGCCAGCGUGGGCACGACCAGCAGCUCAAGCACCAGCUCGUCUAGCAGCUUCAGCAUUGGUCCCGUGGGAGCAAGCACUACAACCAGCUCUAGCUCCUCAUCGCUGAGCACGACAAGCUCAGGCAGCAGCAGCUUCAGCAUCGGCCCUAUCGGCGGCAGCACCACGACUAGCAGCUCCAGCACAGUGAGCACCACCAGCUCCUCAAGCAGCAGCUUCAACGUGGGUCCUAUUGGAGGAAGCACCACCACCAGCUCGAGCAGCAUCAGUACCACCACUAGCAGCAGCAGCGUCAACGUUGGCCCCAUUGGUGGCAGCACCACCGCGAGCUCAAGCAGCAGUGUCAAUGUUGGUCCCAUUGGAGGCAGCACCACCACCACAUCUUCCGUCGCAGCUGUGCAGCCCACCACCACGACCUCCAGUGCUGCAGUCAUUGUCUCCACCACUACGAGCGCUGCCGCCACUACCAGCACCACCGCUGCAGCAGGCUCAAUUGUCAUCGACGACGUUCGCGGCCUGAACUACAUCGACGCCAUCUUGCUCGCACACAACUCCCACCGCCGCAACCAUUCAGCUGUUGAUCUUACCUGGUCUCCCAGCCUUGCCGCCACCGCCAAUACCAUUGCCUCAUCCUGCAUCUACGCCCACAACAUCGCUGUCGAUGGUGGCGGCUACGGCCAAAACAUUGGCGCCGGAUACACACCCAACCAAGUGGGCGUUAUGAUCACCAACGAUAUGUACAACGGCGAAUUCAGCAACUUCCCAGGCCCCUUUGACACCGACAACAUCGACCUGACCAACUUCAACAACUUUGGCCAUUUCACCCAAAUCGUCUGGAAGGGCACCACCCAAGUCGGCUGUGCAACCGUCACCUGCCCUGGUGGAUUGGUCAAUGCAGGCUUCACGCCUUUCUUCACCGUUUGCAAUUACUCGCCCCCUGGAAACAUCCGUGGCGCGUACUCGAACGUUGGUGCGCCGUUGGGCCAGCCCAUCCAUGUUGUGUUGGCGAAUGCUAACUAG